AUGAUGAAUUUUAACCAGCAAGGAUCACCAAGAACCUACGAUUUCAAUCAUAUCAAGCAGGAGCCCGACAGCACCUCGCCCAUCCUGACACCCCCUCACACGCCGACCUAUUGCACCAUAUCACCGCCAGUGACCAGUUUCUAUCAAAACUGCUACCGCUACGAGCCGCUCGAUCCCAGUUUAAACACCAUCAAUUACAACGCGGUAUUCAUGAAUUCGUGGUUCCGAAACGCCGCCGCCAUCUACCACACCAGAGACCACCAGUACCAGGAGCUGAACGUGCCGAACAGGCUGCCCCCGACCGGCCCCAAGGCGCUCGGCGCCGGCGCCAGGCCCAAGAAGCAGUUCAUUUGCAAGUACUGCAACAGGCAGUUCACCAAGAGCUACAAUUUGUUGAUACACGAGCGUACUCACACCGACGAAAGGCCGUAUUCCUGCGAUAUUUGCGGUAAAGCGUUCAGGCGGCAGGAUCAUCUUAGAGACCACAGGUACAUCCACAGCAAAGAGAAGCCGUUCAAAUGCAACGAGUGCGGCAAGGGCUUCUGCCAGUCGAGGACGCUGGCCGUGCACAAGAUCCUCCACAUGGAGGAGUCUCCCCACAAGUGCCCGGUGUGUGCCAAGGCCUUCAACCAGCGGUCUAACCUGAAGACUCACAUGCUGACCCACACGGAUCGGCCGGCGGAGUGCGCGCUCUGCUCCAAGUUCUUCGUAAGUUUGGCGGAGUUGAAGAUCCACGAGAGCUCGCACUGCCAGCGGAAGGCCUACGGAGUGCAGAUGUCGAGCUUGGUGGCGGCGACCUCCACCUGCCUGGACCUCACCACCAAGAAGUCCUCGGGUGCAGAAGGUCAGACGAAAACCGCCAACGUGAAAUUGGGGUUCUCCAUCGAGGAUAUCAUGAAGCGAUAAGCGCUAUUUUGUACUAAACUUCACUGUAUAUUAGGUGUUAAAUGUUCUGUUGCCAAAGAUUUCGAAGUUCGUCUACCUCUUUUGAGACUGAAAGGUCGCCGGAGUUACCUACCCUCUUGUAUGGAUCUCGUUCGAAUGGAAAAUGAAAUUAUCGAGAGAGUUAUCUG